UGCCAUCCACUAUUCCUCUCCGUUGCCUCUGCCCCACCUCCUCCUUACCUUCGCCGUGGCCACCUCCAUCCCCGCUCUCAGUCGUCUAAGAUCUUCCAGCGCCUCGCCAGCCAAAGUCUCUUCGUUGAGCACGUUUCCGCUUGUGUGUAAAAGGGAGGGAUGAGGCGGUGCGACUUUUCCAUGAAAAUUUUUCUGAACAGGAGUUUGGGGGCAUUUUGCGAUUGUGAUAAGUUCUCCACGUGUCGCAAGGAAGACGUCGCGACGCGUCCAGCAGCGACGGACGACUUUUUAACGCCUCAAGAAGAUUACCCCAUUGCAAGAUUUCACACGCAACGCCUAGGCAGAUCAGAUAGCUGAAAGGGUGGAACGAUUGGAGCAGAUAAGAAAUGCUGGCCGUCCUUGUGAAGCAAUUUAUACCAUCAACAUGUACUAAUUUUCCUACAAGAUGGCACUUGACCAGUAACUUGUCAGAAGUACGUGUUCGAGUUCCAUUGACUGAAAGGGGAGUUCACAAGCAGAUAGGCCAUUCUCGCAUUGUUCCAUGGUCGAAAAGAUCUAAGUUUCAAGAUUUUCAGGAUUUUGCAAAGCCUUCACAUCUUUUGCCAGCAGAAGAAGCAAUCAUAUACAAAUACAUUUCUGGAGAGAGAGUUUCCUCCUUGGAAUUGGAUUCAUCUAGCUCGUUCUAUGUACUUGAGCUACACACAAGCAAAGACUUUGGCUCUGGUUUGAGUGACAUAAAUGCAGCCUUACUGCUCUGCCUGAUAGAUGUAAAUGGUGAUUCAUUACUACAGAGGGUUUGUGCAGUUUCAUUAGAGCAUACUAAACAAAAGAAUGACAUGACUUUCUCUGAGGUGGUCCACUUUCAGAGAGAUUCAGUUGAUAUUGUCACUUUUAACGGACCCAAGCUAGAAAAAAUUGAAGCCUUUUGGAUUGGCCUUGAAUCAGGUUCCUGGAGGUUAAAUGACAUGCAGUUAACGGUGAUAAAUGGUCCACUAUCUUUGUCUAAAUCAAUUGAGUGCAUAAGCGAAAGCCAGUUUGAAGGUUGGCAGUACAAAUUCGAAGCUAAUAACAUCUUACUUGGAGAGAGAGGAGGAUUGUCCAUAACUGAGCUGAGACCUUUGCUUAUUACUGAACUACCUUGGAAUGAGUUUUCAACCUUGCUAAAUAAGCACUCCCAGCCAGCAACAUCACUAACAAAUGCUAAAACCUCUAUCGAGGAUGGUAUGAAGGAGUAUGCAGAUCUGAAGUUCUCAUUGCUACUUUACGAUCUAAUUCUUAUAUUAAGUGGUUCCUCUAUCUUAGUCUUGACUGCUGGUGAGAAAGCUUCCUUCUCAUACUUACUUGGAGGAAUCUGUGGCUUCCUUUAUCUGUUGCUAUUGCAAAGGUCAGUUGAUGGAUUGUCGGUUCCCAUGUCGUCUUCUUCAGAUGGUGAAAUGGAAAACUUUGUCCUAUCCUUUGGUGGAUUUAAGAGGCCAUGGUUAGGCUUGGCAGUGUUCGUGGCUGCAAGUGCACUGGCAGUUAAGCAUGGGUUGGGAGGUUCAAGCUUAGAAUUCAGACCAACCGAAUUAUUCAUUGGAGUUGCAGGCUUUCUCACUUGCAAGAUAGCUGUGGUCUUGGCAGCAUUUAAACCAAUCCAGAGAAGUUAGGAGGAAAAUGGAUGCUGAUAAGCUUUCAGUGGCAAAUGUCACAAAUCUGGUCAAGUUGCAGUGAUCUCAACUAAAGUGGGAGUGUGCUUUUGGUGUGGAUGAGAUCAGUUGAACUUUUAGUGAUUUAUCUCAUUCAAGCUACUCUAAAAGAAAGUAAGUUGCCAUUUAUCAAAGGAAACCUGGAUCAUCACAGCACUGGAAAAAAGGACAACACUUGAUAUGUUUCAUGCAGGGUCUUUAGCAUCUACGGAAUCGGAUGCUUAAUAGUAACUCCUAUGAGGAAUUAAAAUUAAUAUGUAAUGUUUGUCUUUACCAUAGAGCCAUAGCUCUCUUAAUGAAGUAGGUGGAGAUUGACUCUUUUUUUUUUGUCUUUUUUUUUUAGGGGAGAAGAAAAACUAUAGACAUGCUUUUAUGUCAAUACCUGCAAGGUGAUGAAUGAUGAUAUCUUUUUCUGUUUCUUUGAAUAUUUUCUUUGAGAAAUAAAAUGGUCCCCAACUUUCUGAUGAUUGAGAA